AGUGACCGGUUGGUUGAAGGGCAGUGUGUCAUGUAAUUGCAGGGAGGCAACAGAUAAGGCAUACAUGUAAUCUGAUUUCAUCAACCUGCGUGGGUUCAGUUUCUGCACAACAACCGAACCCGACGGUGACUGAUUGGGAUUGAGGCAUUGUUUCCUCUGUUUGCGAGACACUCGCACGAACGCGCUAAAGGUGUUGCGGAGCUGGCGCAACCUCUAUGGGGAAAUAUUUAUUUUCAUCUACGACGCAGCCAGGGAAGUUCAUUGAAGAAAACGCUCAACUAUACAACAGUUUGCCGCACUGCUGGACAAAGGCACUAACUUCUGCUGGUCUUGCUUGUGUUUACACACACUGUGGGACUGACUGUGCAUCCCUCCUAUCACAAGAUGCAUAUGAAUAGCUUACUGAAUCGAUGGAACGAGCUGCCUAGGAUGAGGUGUGAGGUGGAGGUGACCCCUGAACCCAGCAGCCCCGGAGAGGCAGCAGACACCUACUGCCAGGUGGACCGAUGGCAAAAGCUACGCACCGCCGUCCGCAAGCUGGAAUUCUGGGAAGACUUCAGUGCCGAGCUGAUUGGGAGUGGCUUCUUCUCCAAGGUGUACAAGGUGUCACACUGUACCACAAGAAAAGUGAUGGUGGUCAAGAUCUAUAAGAACGACGUGGACCAGGACAUCAUCGUACGAGAGAUCAGUCUACUGCGGAAGCUCUCGCACCCCAACAUUGUCCGGUAUCUUGGAAUCUGCGUGCGGGAGGAUAAGCUGUAUCCAAUCUUGGAGUAUGUGAGUGGGGGCUGUCUGGAGGACCUCUUGGCCCAGGAGGACGUGUCUCUGUGUUGGAGGGAGAAGGUGGAUCUGGCAUGUGACAUCAGCAGAGGCAUGACCUACCUGCACUACAAGAACAUCUACCACAGAGACCUCAACUCCAAGAACUGUCUGAUCCGGGAGACGUAUCGGGGCAGGGAGGCGGUGGUGACAGACUUUGGUCUGGCCAGAGAGGUGAUGGUGGAACUGCCAGUCAACGACCCCGAGAGGAAGAUGUCUCUGGUGGGAUCUGCCUUCUGGAUGGCCCCCGAGAUGCUCCGAGGGGAACCCUACGACCGCAAGGUGGACGUCUUCUCUUUUGGGAUCAUGCUGUGUGAGAUUCUGGGCCGGAUCCCAGCAGAUCCUGAGAUCCUUCCCAGAACGCGGGACUAUGGUCUAGACAUGGAGGCCUUCAGUAAGAUGGUGCAGGGCUGUCCACGACACAUCCUGGAGCUGUCAGCCAACUGCUGUCUGAUGGAUGCGUUUCGGAGACCCUCCUUCUCAGAGCUGCUGGACGAGUUGGAGGACAUCGCUGAGAGCCUGGAAUCCCCCGACUCAGACCUGACCACGGGGUGAGGGUGUGGGGUCACCGUGUACCCCCAAACCCCUCCAGGAUCAUGUGGACUGCAGCAGGCAGCCACUCCAAAGUCUCAUACAACAGAGGCACUUUAUACUUCAGGACCUUUACAGUAACACAUGCAGGGCUCCCAUUGCAGCUCUCCCUGCUGACACUGUGUGACUCUCUGAAACAGAACCGGAUGACCCCCCCCGGCUCUUAAAUUGUAUGAUAUUAUUGUAUUUUCCACUUGAAGUUAAGGAAGAAGCAUUUGAUUGUAAAUAGUGCAUAAGGAUUUGUCCACUCUCUCUUCUCUUUCAAAGCUGCCUCCUAUCAUCAUUGAACAGGGACUGCUCCUCCUCUCUUUCAUCAGCCACGUGGCGACGCACGCAAAAUGAAAUUCCUCUCUCUGUCCAACAUCUGAAUGAUGUCAUUUGGCAGUGAGGUAAUGGCCGCUGAUGGACUGCAGCAGGGGAGCUGAUGGGACAGGAGACGAGUUACGAUUACAUUGAGUCAGGAUUACAGGAGUCAGGAUGACUUUGCACUAGAACUGACUGUUACAGUAUGUGGCUGAAGUCAAUAGGAUGGCUGAAUUGUGCCAUUGUGUGGGUGAGGACCAAACUACACUCUUUCUUUCGCUCAUUCUUUCUCGUUUGUAAUGUCAUAUAUUUUCUGUUGUUGAUGAACAGAGUUGGCAGGUGUUAGGUAAGGGUUAGUGUACAGUGGUGUUCAGUACUGGCGUUAAGUAGGCAGAGGAAAGAGCACUAUCCCUCCCUCUCAGGAUGUGAAUGCAAUAAUACUAAACUCAAUGAAACACUAACUUCAGCAAGACUUUAACUGCAGUUGUGUAUCAGUUUAUAUGAAAUGCCUUUAUGUCUUGUCAUGCUUGUACAAUAACGAUUUUGCUUCACCCUUUUUGUGGGGAUACAUUUUGUUUUCAAAUCCAUACAAUACUCUGUUUAUAUUUUGUGAUUUUAGUUGCUAUGGGAAACUAGGAUCUUGCUUACUUGUCACAAAUUUGAAGCAUUGUAAUAAAAUGCAUGAAUUGA